AUGGAAAAGCGCGCGCAUCGAUUCAUGUUUGAAUCGCUACGUGACAAGUGUAAUUCUGCUACUGGUAAUAAAAAAGAUGACGUGAAAGAAGAUUUCAGUAAAGGGAUACUUUCAGACACUUUUAUUAGUGAAGAUGAAAUUUAUGAAGCCGAUAAAGAGCUUUCGCCUCAUAUGACGUAUGAAGACAAUAAAGAAAAAAAUUCGAUUAAAAAAUCAGAUCGCGUUAAAGUUACCAAACACACACAUAAUUUGUUUGACGAUUCUGAUACUAUUUCAAACUAUAAUUGGAGAAAUAAAGGUAGAAUUUCUGACCAUGAUUACAAUACAUCUUUAAAUGACCAAGAGAAUGUUAAGCUACCAUUUACACCUUUAUUAAAAAAAAAAGAGCUAGUUUUACCAAAAAAUUUAAAACCAUCCCAAUCAAAAGAAUAUGAUACAUAUGAAAAUGAAAUGAAAAAUCCUUCGUUCGUCCCGCCGUUACAAACUGUCAAUGGAAUAAAAAAUAAAAAUCCAAUAAGUAUUAAAACUACGAAAGAUGAUGCUUUAACAACUUACAAAAAAGGAUUCCACUUUCAACCUAAACCAGAUAUAAAAUAUCAGAAUGCGAGCCCGAGUAUGUCAACUAAAACUCAAACAACAAAAAACCAACUUCUUAAAAAUAGCUAUAAGUCUUUUACAGUAAAUAAAAUAUCUAUUUUACUGAGUAAUACUUGCGCUUCUGUCUCACUAAUACAAAUACUUACAACGGCUGCAAUUGAUGAUCCAAAAUUAUUAUUGUAUAUGGAUAAGAAUGCAAAUCCAACAAUGAAAUUUAUUUGUCAGUUUUCUAAAGUAGGAGCAAUUGAUGCAAUAUAUAAAAAAAGAACCACUCUAUUAGCUACACUGUUUGAAGAAAAAAUUGAAGACAAAAGUAAAACAUCACCUUUAUAUGACAGACAAUUGAACAUGUGGUUCAGCAUCACUGAAAUUUGGCAAAAAUCUUUUCCUUCAAGUGCGGGUUUUAGGUGCACUUGUAAAUUAUGUGGGGGAUAUCGAACAAAUGUUCCAAUAUUUCAAGUGAACUACAAAGUAAUAUGGAAAAACGGAUUCAGUCAACUAAAAGAAUCAAUUUACUUAUUUGACUGUACAAUACGAUGCACAAAGUGUAAACUGAAUAUGAUUGAUCGUUCUCUUUUAUUUAAUAAAUGCAUAUGUAUUGAAUUAGAUGUCAGGAUGUACCAAAGUAAACCUUUACAAUGCAAAUUAAUAACUUUGCCAUCAGUUAUGCAAUUGAAUAAUAAAAAUUAUACGUUGAGAGGUAUUAUUGGAAUUAAUAAUAGGCAUUUUGUAGCAUACUGUAAAAGCUAUAAUAAUAAUUGGAAAUUACACGAUGAUACUGCUUCAAAAAUACAACCUGUUUCACAUUGGAAAGAAAUAGUACCAAACGCUGCUAUUUAUACUAGAGUUGAUUAAAUAAUUAAUUAUUUUUGUACAUCAUUAAGUAAUAACUAAUGUUAUAAGUAUUUAUUUAAGUGAAAUUUUUUAAUUCGUAUAAGAGAAAAUUCAAUAUAAC